AUGGCGGAUUCCGAGGAUCGUGAGGCGGCGAAGGAGAUCUCUGACUCCGAUCAGGAACUGGAAAGAAAGAUUGAAGCAAUGGAGAACAAGAAUCAGGAGCUUACGAGGGAGAAUCUCGCAAUGAAAGAGAAGUUAGAGAAGCUAUUGGGAGAAAUCGAAGAGAUGAGAAGCAUAGAAGCAGAGAUGAAUCAGAGAUUCGAAGAAAUGGAGAAAGAGAUCGAGGAGUACGAGGAAGAGAAGAAGGCUCUUGAAUCUAUCUCUACGAGAGCUGUGGAGCUUGAAACUGAAGCGUCGAAUCUUCAAGACGAUCUGAUCAAUUCAUUGACCGGUGUGGAUAAGACUGCGGAGGAAGUGGCGGAGCUGAAGAAAGUGGUGGCGGAGAAAGGGGAGAAGCUUGAGGGUUAUGAGAAGGAAGCUGAGGGUUUAAGGAAAGAUAGAGCUGAGGUUGAGAAGAGGGUUAGGGAUUUGGAAAGGAAAAUUGGUGUUUUUGAAGUGAAGGAAAUGGAGGAGAAGAGCAAGAAGCUUAGGCUAGAAGAGGAUAUGAGGGAGAAAAUGGAUGAGAAAGAGAGGGAGAUUAAGGAAUUGGAGAAGAAAGUCGGUGUCUUGAAUCAGGAAUUGGUGAAGAAUGGAGAGGAAUUGGAGAAAUGCAAGUCUGAGAAGAAGCCUAAAGAGAAAGCUCUGAGUGAGGCUGAAGACAGAGAGAAGGACGAGUUGCUGAAGAAGGAAGAGUUGCUGAAGAAGGUCGAGGAAGGUAAGAAGACGGUUGUUGGGUUGAGUGAGAGAACCAUGAAGCCGAGUAACGGAGUCAGAGACACAAAGGGCGUUGUUGGUGAGCAAAAGGGAGAGUAUCAGUGGCCAUUGAUUGCUGCUGGAUCAGUUGGAGCUAUUGGUUUGGUUGCAGCGACAUUGUUCAUCUGCUGUUCUAAGCGAAGGUGA